AUGUACACCGGAAUCGGGUUGCAGACUGCUCGGGGAUCGGGCACCAAUGGAUACAUCCAGGCCAACAAGUUUUUCAUCAGGCCGAAAACGAAUAAAGUUGUCACCGAUUCAUCUAAGGGCUUCGAGAUCGGCCAGGGAACUGCCGGUGUUACCAGGAAGGCCAACAAGGAGAUCCUGGAGCAUGACCGCAAGAGGCAGAUCGAGCUCAAGCUCCUUGUGUUGGAGGAGAAGUUGACGGAUCAGGGUUAUACGGAUGCCGAGAUUGCAGAGAAGCUUGAUGAGGUUCGCAACGCUCUUGAGGCAGCAGCCGCUAAAGAGAAUGAGGAGGGGGGAUCUAAUGCUGUUGUUGUCUCAGACAAGGUUUCGAAGACACAGACUCAUCAGAUAGCUGCUUUGAAGGAAAAGCAGAUGGAAACUCUAAAAGCUGCUCUUGGGAUAGGAUCUGAAGCUGAAGGAAAAAAGAACCAGCGUGAUGCUCAGUCCCCAAAUUCUGAGGAAAGUGAUGACGAGGAUAAACCAAGGCAUGGCUAUAAAAAGGACAAUGCUGCUGCUAGUAAGCUGAAUGAAACAGAUUCAGAAUUUGAGAAGGGUGUUAAGAUUAAUGACACUGAAAGAUAUGAAUCUGUACGCCAGAGGAAAGGCAAAAGUAGAAAAAGAGGACAUGAGAACUCAUCUGAUUCUGAUAGCAGUGGGAAGUACAUGAAGGGGAGUAGGAAAAAACACGAGAAAGGUAGCAAGGGGAAAGAUAAUGGUGCUGUUGUUGAUGCUAAGAAGAGAAAGGAAAAAUCAUCGAGGAAACACAAGAAAAGUAGAAGAUAUGAUAGUGAUUCUUCUGAUUCAGAAUCUCAGUCCAAGUCUGACUCUGAUUCAGAUUCAGAAUCAGAAUCUGAUCGUGAUAAUAACUAUAGUAAAGCUCGUAGGAGACAUGAUUCUGAUGACGAGUACCGUUCUGAUGAAAGCCCCAUACAUAAAACACACAGUUCAAAGUUACUUUCUAAAAGCAGGCGACGUGAUUCUGGUGAUGGAUAUAGUUCUGAUGAGAACCCUAAACAGAAGACUCAGAAGUUGAAGCAGCAUUCAAGGAGCAGGCAUCAUGACUCUGAUGAAGAAUAUAGUUCAGAUGAAGGGAAUAGACAGAAUCAGAAGGCGAAGCAGCAAGCGACAAGCAGGCGGCAUUAUUCUGAUAAUGAAUAUAGUUCUGAUGAAGGUCCUAAACAUAAAUCUCAAAGAGGAAAGCAGACCUCAAAGAGCAGGCAGCUUGGUCAUGAUGAGGAAUUUUAUUCUGAUGGGGAGGAAGACAAAAGAAAUCAACACAAAGGGAGAUAUCAGCAGAAAAAUAACAGCCCAGAAGAAUAUGAUUCUUUUCCCAAUGAUAAGAAGAGAAUUAGUGAGAGGAGAGACAAAGUUAUUCGAAGGUACGAUCAUGAAAGUGACUAUGAUUCUGAGCUCGCAACCAAAAAGAAAAAGGAGAAAUUUGACUAUAGUAGAGGGCGAGAUGAUACUUACAUUGAUGAAAUCAAACCUGGCCAUACCAGACAAGAGAGCAAGGCCGAAAGAAGUAGAAGGCAUGAUUUCCAUGCUGACACUGAUGACCGUGAGGGUGAUGAUUUCCUUGAAAACAGAAGGGUGAGAGAUCUGAAGCAUGCGAAGGUUGAAGGAAGCAAGUCCUAUGGGAAGAAAAGUAGUGGUCAUGGGGAUGAUUUUGGUGCCAGGGGUGGACAAGGUGGAGAGAAAGGCCGUGCACUUGAAGUUGAUGAUAUUUGGAAACAAAAGAACCAAGCUGAUGGAUUGGACACAUUAAGGAAACUAGAGAAACAUUAUAAAUCAAAGGGAGAUAGGCCAGGAGAUGGAAGUGAAGAGAUCGUGAGGGGCAAGAGAAAGAUAGAUGAUGAGAACAAGGAUGACCAACCUGAAGGGAAGUUAAGAAGGCGGGAUCCAGAAAAAGAAGCUGAGCAGAAUGGAGCUAAGAUUGAAUUGGAGAGACAUAGUAGAUCAUAUAAGAAUAAGGAGGAUCACAACAGAGGCUCGAGGCUAGAUAAAUCAAGUGGACACAGUGUUUAUGGUGGUGAACGUGGGGAUAUUUAUAGUAGUAGGAACGAAUUGCACCAUGGAAAUAAGACUGAUGAUCGGCACCACGCAAGUCAUGGAUCAAGUAGAAGAGAAAAGAGGGAUGAAGAUGGCUACCGCAGAAAAAGGCAUGAAAGGGAUGAAGAGGAAGAGUCACACAGGAAGCGUGAAAACGACCUGGAGCUUCAACGGGGGCCAGGACGAGGAAGAGAGCAAGAAGAGGAGCGAGGAAGUAGAAGGGAUGAGAGAGAUAGGGAAUACACUUCCAAGAGAGCUAGAUAUGAUGAUGCGCGUUCCGGUGGAAGAAGAAGAUAUGACAGUGGAAGUGAUGAUGAUAAGAAGUCAAGACACAGAGAAUAA